AUGUUCAAGAAGGCAGUAAAUGAGCAUCCCGGAUCGAACUCCAAGCCUCUCCAGGCUAACUUUCUUCGGGGAAACACGAUUGCGCCGGCCCAAUCGAAAUCCACCGCCCAACCAUCUGUCGGCGUCAAGCGAAAGAUCGAGAUGGCCAACAAUGGCGGCUCGAACCUCGGCUCCCUCCACUCCGCUGAUGUCUAUUUCGAUGAAAACGACUUCGAUGAUGAGAUAGACCUCGACGACGAUGAGCCGCUUCCCUUUACCGUUCCUAAACCCCCGGUUGUUCCGAAGCCAGACCCAGUCACAUACCCCAACCUUGGCCAGUCAGAUAUCGCCUAUCCCGACCUCCCGCCUGAUUCGCAGGAACACCUCGCGCCUCCAAGUAGUAACCAACUCCCGUGGUCUUCGUCGCCUCCUUCGCACUAUCAACCACCCCCAAGGCCAAGAAAACUGCCUUGGCAAACCGAGGCAAGCCAACACCCUGUUGAGGACUUCAAGCGGGUUGCAAAUCAAUUCAAGCUUGAAGAUCCCCAGAAUACACAUGUCACACCAAAGCGAAGGAAGCCUGCAGAGAUCUGGAACAAGAGUGCGAGUGCUAUCAAGGAAGAGCAGAAAGAGUUGAGAAAGGAGUACAAGAAAACACAAAGGGGAGAUGAUCUGAAGGUGUUUCAUGACAGAUCCAAGCCUCCAAAAAUCUACUUGAGCGAGGAACAAAAGUCUGUUUUGGAGGCUGUUGUUGACAAAGGAAAGAGCAUUUUCUUCACCGGUUCUGCUGGUACAGGAAAAUCCGUUCUGAUGCGAGAAAUCAUCAAGCAGUUGCGAAUGAAAUACAAGCGAGAACCAGACCGCGUGGCAGUUACAGCAUCCACUGGCCUUGCUGCCUGUAAUAUUGAAGGUGUUACACUUCACAGCUUUGCCGGAAUUGGACUGGGCAAAGAGCCCGUGCCUGACUUGGUCAAGAAGAUCAAGAAGAACCAGAAGGCCCGAAAUCGUUGGCUACGUACUAAGGUUCUUAUCAUUGAUGAAGUGUCCAUGGUAGAUGGCGACCUUUUUGACAAAUUAGAGGCAAUUGCCCGAAGUCUUCGGAGCAACGGACGCCCAUUUGGAGGCAUCCAGCUGGUCGUAACGGGAGAUUUCUUCCAAUUACCUCCUGUGCCUGAAGGAAGCAACAGGGAGGCAAAAUUCUCCUUCGCUGCAGAAACCUGGAACACUUCAAUCCAACAUACCAUUCUCCUCACACAUGUCUUCCGUCAGCGUGAUCCCGAAUUUGCCGCAAUGUUGAAUGAAAUGAGAUUGGGAAAUCUGUCGACGAAAACAAUCGAGGCAUUCCGAAAAUUGUCCCGGCCACUUGAUUUCCAUGACGAGCUCGAAGCGACUGAACUGUUUCCUACUCGCGCCGAAGUCGAGAAUGCUAACUCUGCACGCAUGCAACGGCUGUCUGGAGAAAUGAUGACUUUCAAUGCUGUCGACUCUGGAACCAUUCAGGAUCCCCAGCAUCGCGAGAAGCUGCUAAGCAACUGCAUGGCUCCACAGACUAUCCACUUGAAGAAGGGCGCUCAAGUAAUGCUCAUCAAGAACAUGGAAGAUACCCUCGUGAACGGUUCUAUCGGACGAAUCGUAGCCUUCAUGGACGAAGCAAACUUCGAUAUGUACCGUGAAAACGAGGACGCAUUCGCGACUACUAGUAGUGGCGAUCCUGCCGACGAGGACAGCGCCAGCCGUGCCCGAAAGAAGCUCAAGGCCCUGGCACACGAUAAGGGGGUUGUGGCCGCCCGUAAGUGGCCGCUGGUCAACUUUGUUCAGCCCGACGGUACUGAGCGACAUCUCCUGUGUCAGCCUGAAGUAUGGAAGAUCGAGCUUCCCAAUGGGGAAGUGCAAGCCCAGCGUCAACAAAUUCCCCUGAUUUUGGCAUGGGCCCUGUCUAUUCAUAAAGCCCAAGGUCAGACACUACAGCGUGUCAAGGUCGACCUCGGCCGCGUCUUCGAGAAGGGCCAGGCUUAUGUCGCGCUCAGUCGUGCUACUUCCCAAGCCGGGCUACAAGUUACGAGGUUCGAACCGCGCAAGGUCAUGGUUCAUCCCAAGGUGGUGGCUUUCUACAGUAAUCUUGUUUCGAUUAAUCAAGUGAUGAAGCCCAAGAAACCAACCUCGAAGGAUGACUUUGAUGACGACUGCUUUGAUGGUAUAUGA